ACGGCGUUCACUUAGUCGAGCAGUUUAGGCCACUAACUAGUUACCAACUAGGAGUUUCCGUCAUUAAAUUAGUCAAAAAAAUAGUAAAGGAAGGAGUAUGUACAACGCAGGCUACCAGGUGGACGUGAUCGAUCCGUACUAUCAGCCGCCCGUGGAGGUGGUGAACGUGAUUGGACCGCCGCCCCCCGUGGAGGUGAUAAUGCCCUCGCCCGUUUACAGCCAGCCGGUGGUGGUGGUGGAGCAGCCCAGCUACAAUCAGCCAGGACCUCCGCCAGGACCCAGUGACGCCGAAUGCUGCAUGCUGCUGGGAGCCUGUUGUGUCAUGGAGGAGUGUGGCCUGUGUGCCAUCAUGUAGAAUGUGCAGUUGUCAAGUGAUUGCUAUAAGAACUAUGUAAACUAAACGCUAAAUAUAGACUGAAACUAAGGAUGAC